AUGCCGGAUCCAUGGCGCCAAUUACGUUCCCUCGUUUUCCUCAACGAUGAAGAGAUGGGAAAGAAGGACGACGACCACCCCCGCGGCACCGGCAGCGUAAACCCCAUGUUACUGCGAAAUCGAAACCCUCAGUGGCAACCUGCCGCCAAGAUGCCUUCUCGCCGCCUCUUCCGACGACUCGCCUACCUCUUCCUCAUCGCCGCAGGCCUCUGGUACCUCCUAGGCGACGUCUCCUUUGGCUUCGGCGAACGACCUCCGAACUACAUUUACCCGUACACCGAAGGCCCCCGAGACUACCUCUCCUCCCCGACCCGCGAUGGCCCAUCUCGACAAAGCGGCCGCCGCAAGGCCAAACCCGGCACCCAUAUGCCAGCGAUUGCCGAGCAUGAUUACAACGGCCCUGUCAAGUUCCACCGGUUGGCGAACUCGCUUCACGCCAUUGCCGCGACGAAAGGAGCGCAGGCGGUCAACCAGAACAUCCUUUUCGCCGCGUCAAGCCUACACAGCGCGUCCGCCCUGCUACCAUUCGCUUGUCAGAUGGGUACAGAGUUGCGGAGCUAUGUGCACUUCGCCGUGAUGGGCAGGAGCGAAAUCGAGCUUGACGAGAUUAAGAAACUCAACGGCAUAGACGACACUUGCUAUAUUAUUUGGCACGAUGCCCGCGCCGACUUCUCCUCCCUCUCGACCGAUGCCCGCCUCGAGCUCUCCACCGUUCGAGCGCUACGACACAUGAACACCUUUAUGCAUCCUCAAGCCAUCCUAAUUGACGGCUCAGAGGACGAGCUCAUCCCAUUCUUGAAAGGCAUACGGCAGGAGGCAAAACAGCUCAAAAUCCCUCUCAUCGAGCUUCCUUCGGACGCCUCGAAGCACCUCUCGUGGUUGUCGAAGCUGGACAGUGCCUCUCUUGCAGCUUGGAACCAGAUCAGCGUCGAUAUUUUAAUUCAGGCCCCGGCCAGUGGCUCCGGUAGCCUGCUGCGGCUGCUCAAGUCGCUAAGCGAGGCCGACUUUACCGCCUUUACGAUCCCCCAUCUCACCGUUGAGCUUCCACAGGACAUUGAGCCCGCGACCGCCAAGUUCCUUGAAACUUUCCACUGGCCCCCGCCUCAUGUAGCGAACCCGGGGCGCGUACAGAUGCUCUCGCUGAGACAUAGGAUUCCUCGGCAGCGAAUGACGGAGGAGGAGAGUUCUAUUCGUUUUCUGGAGUCGUUCUGGCCAACGACGCCCAGGUUUUCUCACAUUCUUGUUCUUUCACCGCAGGCGGAGUUAGGACCUGGGUUCUUUCAUUAUCUCAAAUAUUCGCUGCUAGAGUACCGCUACUCCCGGUAUUCCACAUUGCAGAAAUGGGACCAACGGCUUCUGGGGAUCAGCAUGACUUCCCCAUCAGUCUACCUCAACGGCAAGAAGAAAUUUGAAGAGCCGAUCACGGACGGCCCAGAAGACAUGGGCACGUCAUACAUGUGGCAGGCGCCCAAUAGCAACGCAAUGCUCAUUUUUGGAGACAGGUGGAUCGAGCUGCAUGGUCUCGUGUCCGGGGUCGAUGCGAUCAAACAUGCGCGCGGCGCCGAGACGUUGCCGGAAGUAAUCACGACGAAGGAAGUGAGCAAGAUGUUCCCAUCUUGGCUGGAGCAUGUUUUGCGUCUGUCCAGGCUGCGGGGCUACUUUACCCUGUACCCCAGCGCGGAGACGGCAGCGACCGUCGCAAGGGUGCAUGACGAACUUUACCAAGCUCCCGAGGAGUACUCGAAAGAGGACACGGAGAGGAAAAAUAUGAGGGCAAGCCUUUCCGAGUCAAUACACAUAUCGGAGUCACUGGUCCGCACGCUGGACACCCUCCCGAACAACGGUACCCUCACACCUUGCAAAGACCUCCCGCUGCUAGGAUGGGAAGGCGAAAGCACAGGCCUGCGGGACGUGUACCAAAAGGCCGUCGAGUACAUGUUCGUUUGGCGGGAACUCGUGGGUGGAUGUAGCCGGGAAGAGUCUCGGCGGGACCAUAUUGACGGGUCCGCAAAGGAUCUAUUUUGCACGCCUGAUGGCAAGCUAAAGGGCUAA